ACCAUGGCGGACUACAAUCAACCCACAGCGGAUAUAGUAGCUUCCAUCAAGCAUUCCUACCACGCGUAUCGGCACACUGGAGACAUCGACCGCAAAGGCUCCUUCUUCUCUCCAGACUGCAUGCAAAUUUGCCGACCAACGCCUUCCUAUGCGGCAACCAAUCGUGAUGAGAUCGUGCAGUAUCUGCGAGACGCACAACAGGGGAAGAUACCAAUAGAUGCACCUGCUUCAUCCUCAACUUGCAUCUCGGGUCGCCCUGAUUGUUAUGCAACGGGAUCACGGGCGACAACGCGAGCAAAAGAGCGAAGCGUCUACACCAUACGCCCGUUGCGGCCCGGCGAGUUCGGAUUUGGCUCCGAUGACAUCACUGCGCCUGUUGGCUUGACUGUGGAACAGAUGAAAUCAAGAGCUAUUCAGGAAGGAUGGGUUGGAAUGCGCGUCAAUUUGUGGGACGAAGGAAAGGAAGGUCUUUUGGUGAAGGUUCAAUACUGGUGGCGCCUCAGAGAGACUGCGAACAACAAGAGAUUGGCGGGCGAUCAUUCAGGAACGGACUGGGAUCAAUGUUUGCACGAUAUCAUGUUCCUUGGUCCUAAGGACGGCACCGAAAACGAAGAGGAGUUGGAGUUGCUAGAAUAAAACCCGCGGACAAUGAAGAGUUCCGGAGUUGCGCAUUAUGUGCAAGUUCUAGAAGAGGUAGCAGACUAGCAGCCGUUGCAGGGCUUGGGAGGGGUAUGAUCGGCUAGACCUGCCGCUUGGAGCUUGGAGCGCCUGUAUAGAAUGCCAUCAACGAAUAAUGAAGAUAAGCAUAUAAUACCGUUGCAUGAGAGACUCCUACUUCCUUACUCACCGUACCUCAUCUUUUAAACACUCCUGCAUUCAUAAUGGCGCUCAUAUCAUUAUUGUUUCUA